UCGGGACGUCGUGCGGGAGCGAGCCCGUUCUACUGCCGGAAAAUCAUAGCGGGCUGGGGGACCCGGCCCACAGCUCAGGUUGGGAAUCACCUCAAGUUAAUUGCAAAUGAUGUAGUGGAGAAGUGUUUUAUCUUAUAAAACGUAUAAUAGCUACGUUUUAGCAUUUGAGCGAGUCUUGGAAAUGAGAAGUAUCUUUAUUACAUAAUGUAAGCUGUCAGGAGAGAAUUCAUUACAGAAUUUCAGAUUGCAGAUAACAGUAGAGAAGACCUGUUGCAUCAGCAUUUCAUUGUACGGAUGUACAUUGUGCACCUGGAGAGGUAUCAUUGAAUAUAUUGAUCAAGAGCACUUGCGACAAAUAAACGAUGGAUUCCUUGGAUCAUAUGCUGACGGAUCCUUUGGAACUGGGUCCUUGUGGAGAUGGCCAUGGCACCCGUAUUAUGGAGGACUGCUUGCUGGGAGGCACCAGAGUGAGUCUGCCUGAGGACCUCCUAGAGGAUCCUGAGAUAUUCUUUGAUGUGGUCAGCCUCUCAACAUGGCAAGAAGUACUAAGUGACCGUCAACGCGAAUACCUCCAGCAGUUCCUGCCUCACUUUCCGGAGGACAGUAUGGAGCAACAAAGCCAGCUUAUCCUGGCCCUGUUCAGUGGGGAGAACUUCCGCUUUGGAAACCCUCUGCAUAUUGCCCAGAAGCUCUUCCGAGAUGGGCACUUUAACCCUGAAGUGGUCAAGUACCGGCAGCUGUGCUUCAAGUCACAGCACAAGCGCUAUCUCAACUCUCAGCAGCAGUAUUUCUACCGGUUGUUGAAGCAGAUUCUUGCUUCCAGGAGUGAUCUUUUGGAAAUGGCGCGAAGGAGUGGCCCGGCCCUCCCCGUCAGACACAAGCGCUCUUCCCCAUCCCGCACCCCUGAGGAGCGGGAGUGGCGGACCCAGCAGCGCUAUUUGAAAGUCUUGAGGGAAGUGAAGGAGGAAUGUGGGGACACAGCUUUAUCAUCUGAUGAAGAAGAUCUCAGCUCAUGGCUUCCGAGCUCUCCCGCGUGUUCUCCUAGUCCUGCGGUGCCCCUCCGGGUGGUGCCCACGCUUUCAACCAUGGAUAUGAAGACGGCAGAUAAAAUCGAACUGGGUGACAGUGACUUGAAGAUAAUGCUGAAGAAGCACCACGAGAAGCGGAAACAUCAACCAGAUCACCCAGACCUCUUGACAGCGGACUUGACUCUCAGUGACAUCAUGACGCGAGUGAAUGCUGGCCGGAAGGGCUCUCUAGCAGCCCUGUAUGACUUGGCUGUCCUUAAAAAAAGGGUCAAGGAAAAAGAGGAAAAGAAAAAGAAGAAACUGAAAAUGAUUAAAUCAGAGGCAGAGGACCUGGCUGAGCCUCAGAGCAAUGCUGAGGGGAUUGCACCUCUCUCACGGGCCCCGUCUCCACUGGCAAUACCUGCUAUUAAGGAAGAGCCUCUUGAAGACCUCAAGCCUUGCCUUGGAAUCAAUGAAAUAUCUUCUAGCUUCUUCUCUCUCCUAUUAGAAAUCUUGCUGCUGGAGGGUCAAGCUAGUCUUCCUAUGCUAGAGGAGCGGGUUUUGGAUUGGCAGUCAUCUCCGGCCAGCUCCCUCAAUAGCUGGUUCUCUACAGCCCCCAACUGGGCAGAGUUAGUGCUACCAGCCCUGCAGUAUCUUGCUGGAGAAAGCCGAGCUAUUCCUUCCAGUUUCUCUCCAUUUGUGGAAUUCAAGGAGAAACCCCAGCAGUGGAAAUUGCUUGGUCAGUCCCAGGAUGAUGAGAAAGAAUUAGCUGCACUAUUCCAGCUGUGGUUAGAGACUAAAGACCAGACUUUCUGUAAGCAAGAACACGAAGACAGCUUGGAUGCCACGACUCCUGUCCCCCGAGUAAGAACUGACUAUGUGGUGCGACCCAGCACAGGAGAAGAAAAACGGGUUUUUCAGGAGCAGGAGCGCUACAGAUACAGCCAGCCCCAUAAGGCAUUCACUUUUCGCAUGCAUGGCUUUGAGUCUGUCGUGGGGCCGGAGAAGGGUGUUUUUGACAAGGAGACCUCACUCAACAAAGCCCGAGAGCACUCCCUGCUGCGCUCGGACCGACCGGCCUAUGUCACCAUCCUGUCUCUUGUUCGGGAUGCUGCAGCUCGGCUGCCUAAUGGAGAAGGCACAAGGGCGGAGAUCUGUGAACUGCUCAAGGACUCUCAAUUUCUUGCACCAGAUGUCACCAGCACACAGGUGAAUACAGUGGUGAGUGGUGCCCUGGACCGGCUUCAUUAUGAAAAGGACCCAUGUGUGAAAUACGACAUUGGGCGCAAGCUGUGGAUCUAUCUGCAUCGCGAUCGCAGCGAAGAAGAGUUUGAGAGGAUUCACCAGGCACACGCAGCAGCAGCAAAAGCCAGGAAAGCCCUUCAACAAAAACCCAAGCCCCCCUCCAAAGUGAAGUCUAAUAGCAAGGAGAGUUCGAUGAAGGUCAUUGGGAGUGGCUCCUCAGAGCAGAGCGCGCUGAGCCUCAGUGACUCCAGCAUGCCGCCCACCCCUGUUACUCCAGUGACUCCCACCACGCCAGCCUUGCCUGCUACUCCUCUCUCCCCUCCACCAGUCUCCUCGGUGAGCAAAAGUGCUCCGAGUACCGUCUCAGAGCCAGCUAAAUCUAGUUCGAGUGUUCUUCUGGUGUCCUCACCCACAAUGCCCCAGCUGGGAACAAUGCUUUCCCCAUCCUCCAGCCAGACUCCACCAACUUCUCAAGCUGCUGCCCGGGUAGUGAGUCACUCUGGCUCUGCUGGACUGCCGCAGGUGCGUGUUGUGGCCCAGUCCGGCCUUCCUGCUGUCACCCAGCAGUCCACAGGAUCCACGCAGACGCUGUCACAGAUGCAAGCAGGGCCUCAGAUCCGGGUUCCAGCCACUGCUGCACAGACCAAAGCAGUGCCCCAGACAGUGAUGGCCACUGUUCCAGUCAAAGCCCAGGCCACCACAACCACUGUGCAGCGGCCUGGAGCUGGGCAGACGGGGCUCACAGUAACAGGCCUCACUGCCACUGCCAGUUCUGUGAGCAAGCCAGCCACCAGUUCCCCGGGAAGCUUGACUCCAAGUUCUUCCACAGCAACUGUCAUUCAAAACGUCACAGGGCAGAGCAUCAUUAAGCAGGUGGCAAUCACCGGGCAGCUUGGUGUGAAGCCCCCAACAGGCAACAGCAUCCCUCUCACAGCCACUAACUUCCGUAUCCAGGGCAAGGAUGUGCUGCGUCUGCCACCCUCUUCCAUUACCACUGAUGCCAAAGGCCAGACUGUCCUGCGAAUCACUCCGGACAUGAUGGCCACGCUGGCCAAGUCCCAGGUCACCACAGUCAAACUGACCCAGGACCUCUUUGGGACUGGAAGUAGCACUGCAGGCAAAGGCAUUUCGGCUACCUUACACGUCACCUCAAACCCAGUCCACACAAAUGAGAGCCCUGCCAAGGCCAGCUCGGCCAGUGCCCCUUCUUCAACUCCAGCAGGCACCACGGUGGUCAAGGUGACUCCUGACCUCAAGCCAGCAGAAACUUCGAGUUCAGCAUUUCGCUUGAUGCCAGCGCUUGGUGUGAGUGUGGCAGACCAGAAGGGGAAAAGCACAAUGGCCUCUUCAGAAGCAAAGCCGGCUGCCACUAUCCGCAUUGUGCAGGGUCUGGGCAUGAUGCCUCCCAAAGCAGGCCAGACCAUCACAGUUGCAGCCCAUGCCAAGCAGGGCACCUCAGUGACGACCGGGUCCGGAGCUGUGCAUACGUCUGCAGUGUCCUUGCCCACUAUGAAUGCAGCUGUGUCCAAGACUGUGGCAGUGGCGUCGGGGGCUGCAAACACCCCCAUCAGCAUUGGCACAGGAGCCCCCAGUAUGCGACAAGUGCCAGUUAGCACAACAGUUGUGUCCACUUCCCAGGCUGGGAAGCUGCCCACACGGAUCACAGUUCCACUCUCUAUGAUUAGCCAGCCCAUGAAGGGCAAAAACGUCGUCACGGCGCCCAUCAUCAAAGGCAACCUUGGAGCCAAACCUGUAUUUUUCAGACUAUUGAUCAGAGGUUUUUCUCCUGGCAAGCAGGUACGGAUCCAGACUGUUCCAGCAUCCCAUCUCCAACAGGGCACAGCCUCUGGUUCCUCUAAAGCGGUCUCCACUGUUGUUGUGACCACAGCGCCGUCUCCUAAACAGGCACCUGACCAGCCAUGAGUAUGAGCGAGAAUGAGGGCUUCCAAAGAGACCACACUCUGUGGGCUUUUCUCUCUGAAACGCAGGCCAAGGAGGUUGCACCAGUCCUCUGAAGUGUGUCUGUUUAAGCAUGACCAUGGUGGAAUGAUGGCAGCGGUGUCCUCAGUUCUGCAGCCACAGCCCACAGUGGGGCACACUGACAAGAGGUCACGCCAGGAUGCCAAGGCAUGAUUCAGGAGGAGAUGCUGCAGUGGGAUUGCACACGUUCUCAACUGUCACUGAAGCCCGACUUUCUCCCGAGAGGAAGACAUUGAGGGAGAUUUAGCAGUUGCAGACUGUGCCUGCAGAGAAUAAGUUCAUUCUACAUGUGGAUUGUGUUUAUUAGUUUCUGGUCUUCUCCAUGACUAGUGUGUUUGAUGUGCAUUUUGUACCCAGAAUGUUUUAUGUUAUGUAACUUAUUUUUUUUUAAAGAACCUAUUGUACAUCUUUAUCAAAUAGAAACUUGGACUUUAGCCCCUAUAAAGUGAUCACUUAUUCUUUUGACCAGACUGAGAGAACACCAAGAUUCUUAGUAAGUUGAUGGCUUAGUAACUUGAUAGCUACAUAUUAAUUGAGAGGCUGUGAGAUGGGAAGGAAGAUGGGGUUGGCGGAACUUGAUUGUGGUAGAUGAGUUUAGCCAUCAACUUUGUCCUUUCGUCCAGGCUAUCGGUGCUCAAGUCCAAAGCCAAGUACAUAUAGUAGGGCAUGCUGCAGCUAUGCUACUCAUGCAGCUCAUACUUUGCUGUAGUGGGGAGGUUUUAUAUUCUGCUUUGCCUUCACAUCUGGAGUAAAAAGAAACUGUUCUGUGGGCUGGCCACAUGUUUCCAUAAAUAAAGUUACUAGAACAUAGCCAUCCCCAUUGGUUUAUGUAUUGUUUCUGGCUGAUGGUGAGUUAUGACCAGAGUUGAGUAGCUAUGAGAGCAACCAGGUGGCCCUCAAGUCAUAAAAUGCGUGUAAGGAAAAGUUUGCUCAGCUCUGCCCCAGUGCAAAGGUGGCGGCAAGAGAGAUUUCAGGGUGCACAGGGGCAGAGCACAGGAAGCACCACCCU